AUGCACAAGACAGGCCUAUCAAGGUUUAAGGGAAAGCAACACCAUCAUGAGAGCAGAGAAGAGGGGACAGGUAGGACCCAACCCGGCCCAAAUGUCCUCACUCUGGCCAUAUUCCUCAUCAUCUGGGAAGGGAACGGUUUCUGCCGCUUUCACGAUAUUCCGAAAGCACCUUGCCCCUGCUGCCCGCUGUUAAACAAUAGAAAUGGAGCGGGCAGGAUCUCUGACAACAAGACUUCCCUAGGCAUGGCAUCCAAAAGCCCUCGGGGGCAGGUGGCUGGGAUGAUCCCCACCGACCCCCAGAUCUCACCAUCCACGCAGGGGCAUUUUGGGCAAGAGGAAGAGGAGGAGAGAGCAGAGACACACCUGAGCGUGGUGUGGCACGUGGGACACCUGGGCAUCGCCUACUACGACACGGGUGACCCCAUCAUCUACUUUAUGCCAGAUGGCCCAGACCAUGAAAAUCUCCGACUCCUCCAGCAAGUCGUGGAUGAGAUCGGGCCUUGGUCCAUCCUGACCAGCAUGAAGCGGGAUGAGAACAUGACUCGGUUCCUGGAAGGAUUGGCCUCCCCAGGUUCUGGCAACAACGAAGUGAUGGGAAGACCUGAAGUAGUCCUGUUUCCCAGCGUGGAUUUCCGCCUGGAGAUCAGCAAGCAGCGCCUGCUCUCUGGCUCCUUCUCCUUCAUCAUGGAGCCCAUGAGCCCCACAGAGAAGAUUCUCUUCCUCGCAUCCAUCGUGCCGUUCGACUGUCCCGGGACAGUCCGUGCUCUUGGGGGAUUGCUAAAGUUCCUGGACCAGAAGAGAAUAGGGGUGGAGCUGGAAGAAAGCAGUGGGGUCAUCCCCAUCCUCGGCUUCAAGAAGUUUGUCUUGACAAAUCUAGUGAGCGUGGAUCAGGACACCUACUGUGUGCUGCAGAUACUCAGGAGUGAGGCCCAUUCAUUGGUAUACAAGCUGGCCACAGGCCUGAAGGAGGGACUCAGUGUGUUUGGACUCCUGAACGGGUGCCGCUGCAAGUGGGGAGAAAAACAACUCAGGCUGUGGCCGAUGCGCCCGACCCGGGACCUGAGUGAGCUGAACGCCCAGCUGGAUGGCAUCCAGUUCUUUCUGCAGCCCCGGAAACUGGAGAUGGCCCUGGCGCUCCAUGGCCUAUUGGGGAACAUCAAGAACGUGCCCCUGAUCCUCAGACAGAUAACACUGUCUCACACCAAGGCCAGCGACUGGCAGGUCCUAUCAAAAGUCCGUGGGAGUCUCAGGGCGAACAGAAUUGUGCCACCCCUGCUCUGCCUGCAGGAAUGGACGCGCCCUCAAGUCACUGGCACUCCCCGGCUCCAGCGUGUCCCCGGCCCCUGCCUCUCCAUCCUCCACUGGUGGGCCGAACACAUUCGACACAGUUCUCGGCUGCCCGUUGACGGUCUAUACGUG